CCCCACAGCCAUCGGUGCAGGGCCACGACCUGGACCCUUUAAACUGUCAGUUUGUGUCAUAGCCAGCAUCUCAGACAUGUCUUUGCUUACCAAGCUGUUUAGUGGAGGAGAAAAAGUGAAAAAGACGUCCUGCCAACAAGAGGAGACAGAGAACCUUCCAGACAGAGAGGAGCUGCUGAUGAAGAAGAGAGACUAUCUGAAGAAAAAGAUUGAGCAGGAACUUCUGUUUGCCAAGAAAAACUGCAGAAAGAACAGAAAAGUGGCUCUGCAGGCACUGAGAAGAAAGAAGUGGUACGAGAAACAUCUGAAGGACAUCGACUGCACUGUUCAGGCCAUGAGGUCCACUCAUAAACACACACAUUUUGUCAACGAGGUGAAUGACCUGAUCAAAGACAUUACAGAGGAGCAAGAUCUGAUUGAAGACAUGUCAGACGCCUUCCACACAUCUGUGAUAUUAGGAGUGGAAUUUGAUGAGGAUGAGCUGCUGGUAGAGCUGGAGAGUCUGGAGAACAAUCUGGAUGAGAGUCUCUUUGAGAAAGACAGAAUGGAGGAGAAAGACUUUUGUCCCAAAGUGUCACCCAUUGCAUCACCUUCUCAACCUGCCAAGACGGAGGAAGAUGAGAUUGAAGAUGAUUUAGAGUACCUGCGGCGCUGGGCGAAUGGACCCUUACAGCCACACCAUCAACCACAACACACGGGUAUUAAAACCUAAAAAGGAAAGGACGGAAUAAAUAAGUUGAAAUGAUAUGUUAUUGUUCAUGAGUGUUCGAUGUUUAUGUGGGUAUUUGUCUUCUCUACAGCAAAGUAUCAGUGAAAAAGAGUAGCUUGAAGAGUCAGUAAAAGUAUUUCAUGUAGUGCACAGGGUCUUUAUAGAGUGAUGCAGGGAUGACAUUUAUUUGUAAGCCAACACGAAAGCCCUGGUUCCGUCGUCAAGUGGCCAAUGGGAUUUCACCAUUCUUUCUUCUGUGGCAAACAAACGUUUAUGAUACCAUAAUCUUCACAAAUGAAAACCACUUUAUGAUUUUAAAGCAUAAAUGCAAUCACCAGAAGUAAAAAGCUAACAUUAGGCUAUAAAUGAAAAACACUACGGACACAUGACUUCAGCAUCGCCACCACAACAAAGGCUACAAAGCCGUAUUCGGCAUUUUGACGUCCUAUGUAGCAACUGUCUCUUUACAACACCUAAAAGCUUCGAAAUUUACAAGUGGGAUUUUUACUGAAAUAUUUUAUGUUGUAGAAAAAAAAUGUGAAAAUGUGUUGUGAUCACCAAAGACCUUAUUUCAGGAGUCUAACCAAAAACCCACUGACUUCAAGGUGAAGGAAGCAGGAGUGCUAAAAUGCUAACUAAUUUCUGGGUUUUAGGACUCAUUCCUGCAGCAUUCCAUUAUAGAAACUACAAUUUUUGUUGUUGUAAGGUAUUAUGAGCUCUGUAACUAUAUGUACUAUAAUUAGGGCAUUGUUUACAAUACUAAAUGACUAAAUGACUUCAAUCUUGAGCUGUCCCCUUCCCCUCAAACUCCCAGCAUUGUUCCCGCUACUCUUGCCUGCUUUAAAAGCCUCCUCACCAGUGUCUCUUGUUAUUUGGUGAAUUACUAAAAAAAAAGGUUUUUUUUAUAAAUAUAUAUGAUCUUUGCUGUAGCAGAGAGGUUCUCUGAAGACAUUGUGAAACACAGUGUGGCCUUUCUCUGUUGGCUGUCCAGGUCUUUCUUAGAGUUUUCUUCAGAGUUUUUGUUUCAAAUUGCUGAAUGUUAUAAAAAUAAACAUUGA